AUGCGGGUGCAGAACGAGGGCACUGGGAAAAGUUCCUGGUGGAUGAUCAAUCGCGACGCGAAACCAGGCAAGUCGCGCAGAAGGUAAGUGCUUGUGCUCGUUUUGCGAAUAAUUUGUCGUUGUCACGUCCGUGUACCAUACACAUGCAUAUACACGCACACGCACACUGGCACAACGUUCGUCGAUGGUUCGCAGGGCAAUAACCAUGGAGACAAGCAAAUUUGAGAAACGACGUGGCAGGGUGAGGAAGAAGAUCGAGGCGCUAAGGAACGGAGGGUUACAAGCUGACGCGACGCCCAGCCCUAGUAACAGCGUGAACGAGGGGCUCGAUCUUUUCCCGGACAGUCCUCUUCAACCUGGCAGUGGGUUUCAACUUUCGCCUGAUUUUCGUCCUCGAGCUUCGAGCAAUGCCUCAUCCUGUGGUCGAUUAAGUCCAAUCCCGGCGAUCCCUGGGAAACCGGAAUGGACACCAACAUACACACCCUCCUAUAGCCCAGAACAACUAGCCGGUAGCCUCGCGGAAACGAUGAAACUGGAAUCGUACCAAAUGUAUCAGACGUCACCGCCUAGCCACCAGCAACAAACCGGGCCGCCACCUUCUUAUUACGAGACUCAGUAUCAGAGGAGCAAUAGCCUGUCGACGGGAUCGUCCUCAUUCGCCUUGCAGCCGACUCCUCAAUCAGCGAAUCAGCAAAGAUGCCCGCUUCACGGUUUGCAGCCGUGCGCCUGUCAAAUGAACUUGAGCCCAGUGGCCGGGAUGUCACCGUCAUACCAACAGAGUGAACCAAGUCCCACGGCGCUAGGUAACAAUCAGCAACAAACUCUUCAGUACAUAAUGCAGACGCAACACCCGCCGCAAACACCUACAUCAUGCGGUCAAACACCGAGCACGAUGAUGGGUCAAUUGAUGGGAGCUCUCAAUAAUUCGACGCUGCUUGACGAUUUGAACAUUAACAUCGAAUCGUUACACGGCGGAUUCGAUUGUAACGUGGAAGAGGUGAUCAAGCACGAACUGUCGAUGGACGGGACGUUGGACUUCAACUUUCAGCAAGGUGUGAUGGGAACGGCAGCGAUCCAAGUGAGCGACAGCAACGUUGGCCAAAAUGGCGCCGUGUCUCAGAACAACGUGGUCGGCACGACGGCUGGUAACGCGCCAGCAGGAGUUUACGUGAGCACCAACGCGGCGACUCCUGCUGCACCUCCCUCGUGGGUUCACUAG